AUUUAUUCUCUGUAGAAUGGCAUCAAAAUGUAGCAUAAACAAACGAUUCAGGUUUUUCGGUUUCGAUUAUCGCUUGAAGCAGUGAACUGGUAACAAACCACCAAUGAGUGAGAAUAAAGAAUACUUCAUUGGUGUUGAUGUUGGCACCCAAAGUGUUAGAGCUGGUCUUGUUACUAGUAAAGGGUCCUUCAUAAAAACUGCAUCUUUGCCUAUAAGAACAUGGAAUCCAUAUCCAGAUGUUUAUGAGCAGUCAUCUGAUAAUAUAUGGGAUCUUUGUGUUAAAGUCAUACAGGAUAUUACUAAAGGAAUUGAUCCAACAACAGUGAAAGGCAUUGGAUUUGAUGCAACAUGCUCACUUGUAGCAUUAGACAAAGAUUUCAAGCCAUUAAGUGUAAGCAAAACAGGCAAUGCAGAUCAAAAUAUUAUAUUAUGGAUGGAUCACAGAGCUAUUAAAGAAGCUGAUUUAAUUAACAAAACAAAUCAUGAAGUGUUAAAAUAUGUUGGAAAUAAAAUAUCCCCAGAAAUGGAAUCACCAAAACUUUUGUGGAUGAAAAAAAAUUUACCUGAGCAAUGGAAAAAAGCUGGGUAUUUCUUUGAUUUGCCAGAUUUUCUUACAUGGAAAGCCACUGGAAGCUUAGAAAGAUCUUUAUGCUCACUUGUAUGUAAAUGGACUUACAUUGCUGGUACAAAAAAAGGUGAAGGUUGGCAAGAUGACUUUUGGAAGUCAAUUGGCUUAGAAGAUUUAAUUUCCAGGAACUAUGAUAAAAUUGGAUCUAAUGUGCUAUCACCAGGUGAUGCAUGUGGAAAUGGCUUGAAUAUUGAUGCAGCAAAGGAAACUGGCUUAAUGCCCGGUAUUCCAGUAUCUACUUCCAUAAUUGAUGCACAUGCUGGUGGCUUAGGUGUUCUGGCUUGCAAAGUUUCUGAAAAUUGUACAGAAAAUCUAGAAGAAAGAAUGGCUUUAAUAUGUGGAACAUCCACUUGUCAUAUGAAAGUUAAGAAAGAUCCAGUUAUCACUCCUGGCAUUUGGGGUCCUUAUUAUUCUGCUAUGGUUCCUGGUUAUUGGUGCAGUGAGGCUGGACAAAGUGCUGCUGGUGUUUUGCUUGACCACAUUAUCAAUAGUCAUCCAGCAACCAAUGCUCUGAAAGAAAAGAUUUUAAAAUAUGAGAAAGAAAGUCACAUAGCAAACAUUUUAAAUGAAAUGGCUGAAGAGUUGAAAGAAAAGAAAGGUCUCUCUUCUGUUUCCUUAUUGACUUCUGAUUACCAUGUGUAUCCUGAUUAUCAUGGAAAUCGAUCUCCCCUUGCAAAUCCAGAUAUUAAAGGAAUGAUUUGUGGGCUUACUCUUGCUUCAGAUGAAGAAGAUUUAGUGAAACAGUAUAUUGCUACUAUCCAAUCCUUAGCAUAUAGCACAAAACACAUCAUUAGUGCUUUAGAAGAAAAAGGUCAUGUUAUUAAAUGCCUGCUUGUCUGUGGUGGUCUUUCUAAAAAUCCUCUUUAUGUUAAAAUGCAUGCUGAUGUUACAGGAUUGCCUAUAAUUGUUCCAAAUAGCUCUGAACCCGUUUUACUGGGUUGUGCUAUUCUCGCUGCUAGUGCAGCUAAGUACUAUCCAUCAGUAGUUUCUGCUAUGACAGCCAUGUGUGGAAAUGGAGAACUUAUAAAACCGAACAUUAAUGACCAAGAAUACCAUAAGAAGAAAUAUAAAGCAUAUCUCAAUCUGUUGAAGUGUCAAGAAGAUAUAAAGCAUAUCAUGACCAUUGCUGCAUCUUGAGACAAGUUUUUUUAUCACAUAUUUUAAGAAGUAAAACUGGUAGAAUUAUGAAAUUAUUUUUUACAUUAUAUAUAAAAAUGAAUAGUAAAAUAAAGCUUCAUUACUUCAAGUGAUCAAGAUCAAAUGCAACAAGAUCUUUUUGUAUAAAUUACUGUUAUCAUAUAUACAAUGUUAUGAAAACUAUAAGUCUUUAAAAUAAGUUGUAAUAUAUAAAAAUUAUAUUUGAAAUAAAUUUCUUUUUUUUUA